AAAAACAUUUUUACCAUUCUGUCAGCAAGUGGGAGAACAUACAUUGAUUCCUUCUAUUUUAUUAGAGGUUAAAACAAAAUGGCGGUUUGCAGGAAGAAAUAAGUCUGUUGAGAUGUCCACAAAGCGGCCAGCUAGUGAUGCUGGGGGGAGCAGCACAGAUGGCCCCCCAGCCAAGAAGUCCUUCACCAGGAUUGAACCCCUAAACUUGGGCUCCAUCUACUCACUGGAGCAGAUGGACAUGAAGGUGCUGCAGUUCCAGAACAAGAAGCUUGUCGAGCGGAUCGACCAGCGCAAACGUGCCGAGGAGGAGCUGCACAAACGUAUCGAACAACUUGAGAACCGGCAACGUACUGACGAUGCUGUUCUCAUGAUCGUCAACAGAUACUGGAACCAGCUGGAUGAAGAUGUGAGAGUCCUAGUUCAAAGAUUUGAUGCUGAGACAGCUGAUGAGGAUGAAAACAAAAACCAGAGCACGGAGACAACAUCGUUCCUGGCACUGCUGUCCACCUGGGACAGACAGGAACUGGAACAGCGUCUGGGACAGCGGGUGGAGUUCUCCAAGCGAGCCAUUGGGAAACUCCUCCAGGCCUUCGACAGGUUGCUUCAGAGGAACGAGAAACUCCACACCUCUCUCCGUGAAAAGGCAGAACAGGAAGAGGACCUAAAGUCUGAUGUGCCACUUGUGUCGGCCUCAUCUGAUAUACAGCGUCAAGAGAUAUCACCCAUUAAACAGGAGCCUGAGGUUAAGAAGGAGUCUGAAGAAGGGUCAGAGGUGAAACAGGAGCCCGAAGAGGUUAAACAGGGGUCAGAGGGCACAGAUGGGGCUGAGGUCAAAACUGAACAGGCCAAGGCAGGAGAGGAGGAUCAGAAGCCAGUUAAGCAGGAGGUGAACGAUGCGAAGGCCGGAGGUGAUGUGAAGGUGGAGGUGAAAGAGGAGCCGAUGGAGUCUGAGCCCGCAGAGACAUCCCACAGCACGGCCCUUGCGUCUGCCAUGAGGGAAGAGCUACAGGAACUACAGAUGGAGAACAAGCGCCUUCACAAUCUCGUCACUGACCUACAUCAGAGGCACCACCAACACACUCUCAAGGUAGCGGAGCUGCAGGACAAGUUGACAGCUGCUGAGACAGAGAUUGCCGAGUUGAAGAACAAGGUGGAGGAUGCCGAGUAUAACUACCAGGUGUCGUCCGCACGCGCUGAAAAACUCGACCGAUACCUCUCAGACGCCCUCCAAAAACUUCAGAACUAUGAAGAUAAGAACGUUAUUCAGCUUGAAGGUGGCAAGUCUGUCACAGGUGUCUCCAAAAAUAAGUUUGAUGAGAUUCUGUCCGACCUGGAGGAGCAGCGGGAGCUGGCAACCAAUCGGCUUGUAGAGCUCGAGAAACUGCAGAAGGACCACCAGAAGGCUCUUAAAGAUAUUGAGCAACUGAAACUGGAUCUGCAGCAUCUUCCUGAGAGUGUUAUAGUUGAGACAACUGAGUACAAGUGUCUACAGUCACAGUUUUCCGUGCUCUACAAUGAGAGUUUGCAGAUGAAGACGCUGCUUGAUGAGUCAAGGACACUGGUUCUUACCAACAAGAAUGCACAUCUCCGCCAGAUUGAACAAAUGGAGAGUGAUGAGUUGAGCAACCAAAAGAAGCUGCGAACGGAGGUGAUUCAGCUAGAAGAUGCCCUUGGUCAGGUACGCAAGGCCUAUGAGAUGUUGAGGAUUGAGUUUGAGCAGACGCUUGCUGCACAUGAGCAGACAGGUUCGAUCAACCAGGAGAUGCGUAACCUGAUCCAGUCUCUUCAGAAGCACAACCAGCAGCUCAAGGCUGAGGCCCAGCGGAACAGGCGCAAGGUCAAGGAAUGCCAAUCUGAGAUUAAUAAGUUGAAGGAAAAAAUGGAAGAGCUGCAGGGUGCCAACAAAGAUGCAGGUGGAGAGGAAGGGGGCAGCUCUGCGACAGGAGAGGGGGGCAGGGCCAAGUCACCCCGUGGGGAGGGCUCGGAACCCUUUGUCUUGCCACGAGAUGAUGACAAUGACGACCUCGAGAAGGAACGGGAGAAAGGGAAAUCCGAUGCCGAAAUAUUUAAGGACCUCAAGGCUCAGCUUAAGAAGUCUCAGGAUGCACAGAAGGAACUUAAGCUGCUACUCGACAUGUACAAGGCUGCACCAAAGGAACAGAGGGAUAAAGUGCAGUUGAUGGCGUGUGAGAAGCGUCUUAACAAGGAGAUAGAUGAUCUGAGGCAACACAUCAAGAAGAUGCAGGAGUCCGAGAGACGGGAACGUAAGAAGCUGGCUGAAGAGGACGCUCUUCGUAAGAUCAAGAAACUCGAGGAGACAAUACAGGACCUUCAGAAAAAUCUUGCCACACAGAAACAGCGUGAGGAUGUUUUGCUGAGUGAGAUGGACGCCACGGGGCAGGCGUUCGAAGACAUGCAGGAACAGAACACGCGUCUCCUUCAACAGCUACGUGAGAAAGACGAUGCAAACUUCAAACUUAUGUCAGAGCGAAUUAAGGGUAACCAAAUCCAGAAGUUACUGCGCGAGGAGAAGGAGGUCCUCGGGGAGCAGGUGUCCACCAUCCAUCUCCAGGUUGAGGCUCAUAUCCUUGUGGUCCGUAAACUAGAGGAGAAGGAACGUGUCCUUCACAACAACAUUGCCACUAUGGAGAAGGAAAUGGCGUUAACUCAGCAGGCCAUGGAGUUGCACAAGCGUAAAGCAGUGGAGAGCGCCCAGACUGCCGCCGAUCUCAAGCUUCAUCUGGACAAAUACCAGGCCCAGUUACGUGAGGCUCAGGUGGCCGUCGCAGAGAAGACUGGUGCCAUCGAGCAGGAAGCUUACAAGUACAAAAGAACGCAGGAGGAGAUAGCGAAACUACAGCGCAAGUUGGAGCGAAGUAAGAAGAUUGAGAUGGCUGGAGCCGCAGACGAGGUGCUCAUGGCUGAGAUUGCAGAGUAUAAGGAGCAGUUGACAUGCCCCUCAUGUAAGGUGAACAGGAAGGACGCAGUGCUGACCAAGUGUUUCCACGUAUUUUGUCUCGAGUGUCUCAAGACAAGAUACGAGACUCGACAGAGAAAGUGCCCCAAGUGUAACGCAGGGUUUGGCGCCAAUGACUAUCAUAGACUCUAUCUGACUUGAUAGAUCUGUUAGAUCUGAAGAAAAUUGUUUUUAUUUGGUGGUACCCAAAGUUCAUAUUUAUACUUCCGUAAAGUGGUCACAUUACAAAUGAUUUACACUCUAAAUGACUGAAUUAAAGGCAUAGAUGCCAAAAUAAGCUGAUUCAGAGGGAUUCGUCAGCGUUUUAUAAGGUCGGACAUCAAACAUUUUAAUGUCAAGUUUAAUGUGAAUGGUAUUGUACCUUGUGUUCAAUGAUGUAUAGAUAUCUCCUCUUUCAAUAGAGCUAGCAUUUACGGCCACUCAGAACUAUGGUUUCUAUGAAGUCAUGUCCAGGGUUGUCGCAAAGCUUGCGUUUUAGAUAUUUCUACUCUUUAUUAUGUUUCUCUGUUUGGAUACUGUUUCACUUCUUUAUUAAGUAGGGAUUAAAGGAGACAGCAACCUUAGUUUAAAGCUGCACUCUCACAGAUUGAACGUUUUGACAACUUUUUUUUAUUUUUUGUCUUGGAACAAGCCAAUUUUUUGCGAAAAUGCCUGGAAACCGGUUAUAUAAGACUACAGACAAAAAAUAGAAUACUGAUUUUUAUAUUUAUGUUCAAAAAUUUAUGUUUUAUGCAUUUUUCUUAAACUCCUUAAACAUUCAUAUCAACAAUCUUUUAUCAUUGGUUUGCCGAUAUUUACGCAAAAAUGUGCUCUUUCCAAGACAAAAAAUAAAAAAGGUUGUAAAAACGGUAUAUCUGUGAGAAUGCAGCUUUAAAGUGUUUUUUAAAAUUAAAAUGUUAUCUCAAAGAAUUUGUUAGCAAAGAAUUUUAGAAAUCAACUAAAAAUGGCUGAGUUCUGGGCAUUUUAAUAUCUCUAGCAUGGGGAUGCUAUUGUUCGGCUACGUUUUAGUCAAUAUUGUGUUCAGGAAAUAAGUAUUGCACAUGUAAACCAUUUUAGAAGAUGAGAGUCGUAUAGGUGUCCGCCUCACACGGAAGAGGUUGUGGGUUCGAUCCCCAUGAGGAGAAAUUUCUCAUGGCAGCUCAAACCAGUACAGGGGCCAUGAUUACAUUCUUAAGUGUGUGUCUAAAGAUAGACUCAGAAAAUCACCUUUAUUACAUAUAUAUUAAAAAUAAUCUCUUUCCAUUCGAUUUACACAAAUUUAGGUAAGGAAUUGAUCAAUUUAGAUAGUAAUAAAAUUUAUCCAAUUUCAUCAUCAAUUGUGAACUAGAAGGAAAAUUACAAUGAAAUGAUUUGUCGUUUUGCCACUUGAGUCUGACCUCAGACUUGAGAUUGUUUGUAAUCAUUUGUCACAAUCAAGCAAAAGGAAAUAUAAAAGCAUAAACUUAUUAACUUAACCAUUAUAGAUUAAGAAAAAAAGGUGUUUUGAUGAAAUAGAUCUAUAUUAGUUUUAAUAUUUGUGAAUGUCCUUCAAACAUGUUUCCGAAUGUGAAUGAUUUCCAUUAUUUGUUUUGGAAAAGGUACAGGAUAAAUAUUGUUAUCAUUGAUACCGAGAAUAUGUUUGUGUUUGUAUGUGACCAGAUAGAUUUCCACAGUACUACCGUACAUUCAUGAAGAGCGAUUGGUAUACAUGGUUUUAUUUUAUUGCAUUUUGUCGAAGUGCGAUUUUUGAUGAAUAAAUUAUUUUUAAAUGAU